AUGGGCCUGAGCGACAACCUUGUUUACCAUGCCGACAUUUUAAUUUUUGGUAUUAUCCUCAUCUUCGCCCUUGCCAAUCUCCCACGCGCGUAUGCUCGUUUCAGCCGCAGGUCGGAAUGGUCUCAAGGUCACCUCCUUCGUUCAACAGUACCUCUCCCCUCUACCAAACCAAGGAUCAACUUCAACCUCAACCUCACCUCUUCAUACCCUGAUAACCCUGAGAAGCCAUCCUUCGGGGAUUUUGACUGCGGGGACUCUUCGACUACCUGCCCCCCAUUACCGUCUCUACACCGAAUCAAUUUGGCACAUGUCGUUGGUGAAAAAUCCCUGCCGAAGGUUCCAAACCGUGACCCUACUUUAUCAUCUAUCUGGCACCCUGUGGCGUCUGUGUUACGCUCCCGUGUUCACAACAGCUACUCAGUUAACCAAGUUCUCCUGAUGCUGGCGUACAUCAGUAUCAUACUCUACGUAUCUUUCUACAAGUCAGACCCAUUUACGGACCCUCUCCGAGCUGGUUUUGUCAUCACUUCUCAAAUUCCUUUCGUAUAUGCGUUAGCCACCAAGAACAACAUCAUUGGCAUGAUGGUGGGCGUUGGAUACGAAAAGUUAAACUUUCUUCACCGCUUGGUCGGUAAGUUGAUGGUCAUUGGUGCAAAUGUCCACUUCAUCGGCUAUGUCUAUAAAUGGAGCCUCGCUGGCGAUAUCAAUAAGAGGCUUGCCGAGGAUUCUAUUCGCUGGGGCAUCGUCGCAUUGGUAUGUUUGGACCUCCUGGGAUUCUGCUCGACCGAAUAUGUUCGGUCAAAAUCAUACAACCUCUUCAUCGCAUCGCAUGUUGUGAGCUUCACCAUCUUCUUAUUCGCUGCAUGCUACCACGUACCUGCCUGUGUUCCAUACGUGGUGGCUGCGUGUGUAUUCUAUAUACUGGAUCACGUCGUUCGCGCCAUCAAGACCCGCGUCACUACGGCUAAGCUGCGUCCUCUCCCGGAGCUCGGAAUCACCCGAGUCGAGGUGCCUUCAAUCAAUGCAGGCUGGCGUGCAGGGCAACACGUCCGCUUGCGUGUCCUGUCUUCAUCCAUGGGAUGGUGGGGAUGGUCUGAGGUGCACCCUUUCACCAUCGCAAAUGUGGCAGAAACGUCCGAAGGAAUGGUUCUUAUGUGCAAGAAGACUGGCCGCUGGACAGACAGUCUCUUCAGUAUGGCUCAAACAGCUUCUUAUGGUGAAACCGGCAUGGAAGUCGGCCGUGAUGUCAGAGUGAUGGUGGAGGGCCCCUAUGGCGGAGUGGGACACACUGUAAUGUCGAGCUAUUCGGGUGCAAUGUUUGUUGUUGGUGGGAGUGGCGUCUCUUUUGCGUUACCUGCAGUGCAGGGUCUAAUCCAGGUACCCACGGGAGUGAAAGUCAUUGAUAUCGUCUGGUCCGUCCAAGACCCUUCAUCCCUCACCCCUCUACUCCCCCUCUUUAUGAAACUCGUACAAAACAGCUCAUCUGCGCGUGUCAACGUGCACGUAUUCUACACCCGCGCAAUCAGCACGACAAUCGACGGGAUAUACCUCCCGCAAGGUAUCACCCUCCUACCUGGCCGUCCCAAACUCGAGAAGCUGCUCGAUGCAGCCAUCACGAACACAAUGUCGGCUGGGGGCUCUAACGGUGUGUUUGUAGGCGUUUGUGGCCCUGUAUCGCUGGCGAAUACCAUGGCGCAUGUGGUGAAAGACUUUGACGCUCGCUUGUGUGCGGCUGUUGGUGGAAUUAAGCUCCACGAAGAGACCUUUGGGUGGUAA